UGGGGUGAGGUGGAGCUGGGGUUGUCCAGUCCGAACCGCAGCAUGUCCUGGGCUCGUCUCCGAGAAGCGUCCAGGAAGAACUGCAUCCGAUCUCGGUCCAAGCAGAAGGAUGGGCGUGAUCAGAGCGAGGCAUCGGCCCCCGUUUCUCCCGGGGGGGCGGAGGAGCCGUUCUCUUGGCCGGGACCAAAGACGCUCCACCUGCGGCGGACCUCCCAGGGCUUUGGCUUCACGCUGCGACACUUCAUCGUGUACCCGCCGGAGUCCGCCGUUCACAACUCCCUAAAGGACGAUGAAAAUGGCAGCCGAGGGAGACAGAGGAACCGUCUGGAGCCAAUGGACACUAUUUUUGUCAAGCAAGUGAAGGAGGGAGGCCCCGCCCAUGGAGCUGGACUCUGUACAGGGGAUCGGAUUGUGAAAGUGAACGGAGAGAGCAUCAUCGGGAAGACUUACUCACAAGUCAUAGCCUUGAUCCAGAACAGUGAUGCUUCGUUGGAACUCUGUGUGAUGCCCAAAGAUGAGGACAUUUUGCAGCUGUUUUCCAGGGAUAUCACUGCUCUGGCAUAUUCUCAAGAUGCAUACCUGAAAGGAAAUGAGGCAUACAGCGGAAAUGCCCAAAACAUCCCUGAGCCCCCUCCCAUAUGCUACCCUCGAGUAGAGCUCAAGGCUGCUGGCAUGACCCAGUCAUUGGAGCCUGCCACAGUCAGCGACACCCCCAAACGGCAAGUGCAGGGACCAAGAAGACAAGGAGCUGCUGCAGGAAACAGCUAUCGAGUGGAAAUUCCUGUUCCUCCAUCUCCCCCUCCUCAGCAGUCAUCAGUGACUCAGCCAGUGGUGUGUGUCAGUAAUGAUAAUGAAAGGACUCUGAGUAUACCCCUUGAUCCAGUGGACAGGGGAUCCUGGGUGGCUCGGGCUGGACCCAGCCACAGGACAGAAGAAAACCGGUACAGUUCGUCAAUAGAUUGUGGCUCCAGUAGACCCAGACCCAAUAUUCCUUCAGUUCCUGAGGGUGCACAGUUGCAGUGCACCUCUUCCCAUCUUACAGAAACACCAAACUACUCCUCUUCAUUGACUUCUCGACCUGGUAUGGGCUAUUCUGAGAAAUUAUCUCCACCUGUACAAGCAUCACUUACUGCUGCAUCAGCAGACACUUUCUCUACACCCAUCUCACCCUCUACCAACCACUACUCGCCCUCUCCUUCUGGCCCCUCCACCUCUCCACACAAGAACAUUGACUGGAAAAACUACACCACCUAUAAAGACUAUAUUGAUGCCAAAAGGCUGCACACAUAUGGAUGUCGCACCAUCCAGGAACGCUUGGAUAGUUUGCGAGCAGCUGCCAGUUCUAACUCUGCCUACGCCCAGCAACAUACCCCUACAUCAUGUAACAAUCAGAAAGUGGGCUCUCAGGUCAGACGAAGAAGUGCAUCUAAUGAUCGUGGAGUGAAUACAGGAAGUCAGGGUACUGCAGUGACAACUCCAUUACGCAGCAUGUCCCAGGAAAGACUAGGAAGUGCAACAGAGAAGCCUAUUAGGAACUGGCCUCGUAGUGCUUCUCAGGAUGCUCUACCUUUCUCCAAUACUGUCAAAGUCAUUAAACCUCGAGCACGCUCUUGUGACUACCUGGGCCAGCAGAUCAGAGAUCAAGGUGAGGUUGUGAUUGGAGACAGGGCAGCAGUGGAGGACAGGCUGCUUCUAUGUGAUGGAGAGGAAAAGCAAGCAAAACGUCAGGAAGCAAGCCAGAAAAAUUUACCUCAUCUGAAUAAGAGUCUCACUGGACAGGGGGAGAAAGUGCAACAUGAUGGACUAGCAAACUCACCUGGACCUACACCUGAUUUUACAAAGAGUACGACAGAUUCUGCACUACCAUCAAGGACAGACGGUCUCAUAAUGAGACCCUCUCGUUUGCCCAUCAAAAACUCAAUCUCAGACCAUUCUCCUGCCUUAUCCUCCAUUAAACCUCCAGACCCUUUUAAAGACCAAAGAGCUACAGUCCUGGGGAACCACCUUGGCUUCUCAUCCCCUCUGCACCUGCAGCUCAGGAGCCGAGCUGACAGUCUGAAAAUGGACAGCAGGUUAGAAUCAGGUUUAGCAGCCAGAUCCUUGUCUUGCUCUGGUCCUGCCUCAAAACUACCCAUGCACAGACAGUUUCAAAGUGGAGUUGUCACCAUUUCUUCAUGUUCAUCCUCCUCUACAGGAGCCAUAACACAAAAGCCAAAUGUCAAAGAAACCUCUAGUUCUACCAGCGCUCUUGAGAGGACUAAUGGUGGUCUUUUAGAGGGAGUCGAAGGACCUGAAGCAACUGUUGUGGUCCUAAGAACAAACAAGACCUCUGGAUAUAGACCUCCGUCCUAUGUAUUAGCUGUUAACGACAACCAGGGUAAGGUGGCUCGUAAGUCACCACCCCUGGUGAAGGCAGGCUCUGCCGAUGGAGCCAUGUAUUGGAUGUCCAAUGAGAGCUGUAGGGAGUUGCCCUUCAGGAGGCUUGGAGACACUCGGAAAAAAUCUGGCUCCAAAAACCUGGAUGACUCUUUGGAUUCAAUCCCCUUCAUUGAUGAGCCAUCCAGUCCCAGUAUUGACCAGGACAGCGCACACAUCCCUGCCUCUGUUAUAUCUGCAGCGCCCCUCAUCACCACCGUCCCACCCAGCCCAACAUCUUCAUCCCAUCACAUUAUACGCCAGCUGUCCUAUGACCAAGAAUCUGGUACCAAAACCGAGCAGUCCAAGUCGUACGAUGAAGGCAUCGAUAACUACCAGGAGGAAGGCAGAGGAAGGUCCUUGUUACCUGGCCUGAAAGGUUUGAGGAAGGCUGUGGACCGGUCAUCAGAUGAUUCUGAGUCCAGGAGAGAUUCCUCAUCAGACGUCUUCUGCGACGCCAUCAAGGAGGGAUUCUUGCAUUUCAAGCAGCUUCAUACAGAUAAGGGCAAGCGUGUGGGAGGAGGCAUGCGACAGUGGAAGCAGAUGUACGCCGUGUUGAGAGGCCACUACCUCUGCCUGUACAAAGACAAGAAGGAGGGCCAAGCUCACGCCAGCUGUCAGACAGCAGAGGAGCCGCUGCUCAUCAGUAUCAAGGCCUGUCUGAUCGACAUCUCCUACAGCGACACGAAGCGCAAGAACGUGCUGAGGCUGAUGACGUCGGACUGCGAGUACCUGUUCCAGGCUGAGGACCGAGAGGACAUGCUGGCCUGGAUCAGAGUUAUUCAAGAGAGCAGCAACCUGGAUGAGGAGAACGCUGCUUUCACCAGUCAUGACCUCAUCAGCAGGAGGAUCAAGGAGUACAACACCUUGAUGAGCCCCACUGGAAGCAAAGCAGAGCCAUCACCCAGAGCUUCACGCCAGUCGCUGAGCAUCAGACAGACGCUGCUGGGGGGUAAAGGAGAGACCAAAGCUACGAGUCCACACUCACCCAAACCUGAGCAGGAGAAGAAGAACGUGCACAAAGAUGACACCAGCCCCCCAAAGGAUAAAGGGACGUGGAGGAAAAGCAUCCCAGGGCUGAUGAGGAAACCUUUUGAGAAAAAGCCGUCUCCUGGGGUGACAUUUGGAGUGAGACUGGACGACUGUCCUCCUGCACACAACAACAAGUUUGUGCCUCUCAUUGUGGAUGUUUGCUGUAAGCUGGUGGAGGAGAGGGGGUUGGAGUACACGGGCAUCUACAGAGUCCCCGGAAACAACGCUGCCAUCUCCAACAUGCAGGAGGAGCUCAAUAACAAGGGCAUGAGUGACAUCGAUAUCCAGGAUGACAAAUGGAGAGACCUCAACGUGAUCAGCAGUUUACUGAAGUCUUUCUUUCGUAAACUUCCCGAGCCUUUGUUCACUAAUGAUAGGUACACAGAUUUUAUAGACGCCAACAGAAUAGAGGACCCAGUGGAGAGGCUCAAAGUUCUCAAGAGGCUGCUUCAUGAGUUACCAGAUCAUCACUAUGAGACGCUGAAGUUCCUCUCAGCUCAUCUGAAAACUGUGGCUGAAAACUCAGAGAAAAAUAAGAUGGAACCGAGGAACCUGGCCAUCGUCUUUGGACCCACUCUGGUGCGCACCACCGAUGACAACAUGACACAUAUGGUGACCCACAUGCCGGACCAGUACAAGAUAGUGGAGACGCUCAUUCAGAAUUACGACUGGUUUUUCACCGACGAUGGAAAUGGAGACCCGGUGACUGUGUCUCGGAAGGAGAGCGCCAUCGAGUCUCAGCCCAUCCCGAACAUCGACCACCUGCUCACCAACAUCGGGCGGACUUGCACGUCUCAGGGUGACGUCUCAGAUUCACAAACUAGUGAUUCAGCCAAAUCAAAGGUUUCCUGGGGCUCGGGGAAGGACAGAGAGCUCCUAGUCUCCUCCAUCUUUGCUGCAGCCAGCCGCAAAAGAAAGAAAAAGGAGAAGCCCCAGCCCAGCAGCUCAGAUGAUGAUCUCGAUGCUGUGUUCCCCAAAGUGGAAGUCUCCAGCCUGAAGUUGGACGACCUCUCGUCUCAGACUGGUGAGCCGGACGAGGCUCGUCCCAGUGCCAACGUAAAACCCAACAUUCAGCAGCAAGAGGAGAGGAAGGAGAACGGAAGGAUUGUGGAGCUCACAUCUAAUGCCAAGCGAGAGCACAGAAACUCCUUACUCCUCAGGGACAAUGCUCCGCCCAAGUGUCUGUCACCUUUGCCUUCCCUGUCCCCAAAUAUCUGUUCCCUGCUCAGCAGCCAAGCGGCCACCUGUGGGAAGUGUUCCCUGUCGGAUCCUCCAUCCCAGCCAGAUGAAAACAACUCCGACCUCGGGACCAUGAGCUCUGGAGCGUCCGUCUCACGGUCAAGACCCAAAAAGUGGACUGGAGGAGUGCCCCUUGACCUCCCUGUGGGCAUCGGACUAGGAGCAGGCGCAGGGACAGCCGCCGGAGCCGAGGUGAGCUCCAUCACCUCCGACUACUCCACCACCUCUUCCAUCACGUUCCUGACGGGAGCGGAGUCGAGUGCGCUGAGCCCUGAGCUGCAGGGUGGGGAGGAGGCUGACGACGAACGCAGCGAGCUCGUCAGCGAGGGCCGACACAUGGAGACCGACAGCGAAAGCGAAUUCCCGGUGUUCGCUCCAGGAGGAGGCAGCAGCCAGUCCACGCCCUGCCCAGAGCAGAACCGGGAGAAACCAGACUUGAGAGGGGAGGCCAAGGGGCCCACCACAACAAAACAGGAAGCACGGCGCCUCUUUCCAACACAAAGGAUGAUCGAGUGUGACACUCUGUCCAGAAGGUGGUCCCUGAAGCACAAGACGGACAGUGACUCAUCAGCAGAGGGCGCCGCAGGGAGCGGGGACCGCAACGAAGGGAAGGCCGAGUCCUCCAGCCGCUUGUCUCGAGUUCUGGAGGUGAUGAAGAAAGGUCGAUCGACGAGCAGCAUCAGCUCAUCUUCGCGCAGCGAGUCGGAGCGUGAACCGGCCUGGCACCUGAAGCUCACCGAGCGGCUGAAGUUCCGGCUACGAUCGUCUGCUGAUGACAUGUUGCCCCAGAGGAGCCGAGCUGCUGACGCUCGCAGUAAGAAGAAGAGCAUCCGGCGGAGGCACACCAUGGGUGGGCAGAGAGACUUCGCAGAGCUGGCGGUUAUUAAUGACUGGAGGGAGCAGGGUGGGGUGGACCAGACAGCCGACCUGUCCCCUCUGGACCACCUCAAGCCCAACUGCUCCUCUCAGGACUUCCUCCGAGACUGGAUCCCCAAGGAGCGGCGCAAAGGCUCCGCAACGAACGCAGAGGUCGCGCCUAAAGCCGUGCCGGAGGACGAUCGCCCCGAGGCUCAGGAAGCUCCACCUCCUUCACGUCCUGCUCAGUCGGAGGAGCUUGUGAGCAGCAGCAGACCACAAGACAAACACAGAACGUCCCUCGAGACGGACGCUCACCCUCACAAACUCUCCGGGGGACACGUUGUCCGCUCACGAUUCUACCAGUACCUGUGAAACAAUGACAGCAUGUGGAUGAACAGAAGCAGAGUGAAUGUGUGUACUUUAGCUCAAUAUUUUUCUAUGAAGUAUACGUUAGUGAUCUCCUGUACAUACUGUGUAUAAACUGCUCUGAUUGUUACUGCGAGAUGUUUCUGCCAUACUGGAACAGACACAAACCUGGACAUUCUCCUGCAGGACUGAUUUAUAAGAUGUACAUUAGUAAGGGUUGUUUUACAGCACUGUUGUAAAGGCUCAGUGUGAAGAGGAGCAGGAGGAGUCACGGUUCUUCCUCAUUCAAAGUGGGAUGAAGAAUGUAUCACUCUGGACUAAUAUGAGAUGCUUGUAAAGAAAAAUGGUCUUUUAAAAACAUGUAUCAGAUUUUUUUUCUGUUGGUACUUGAAGUACGUAGGAAAACUGAAGGCUGUUUUCUGAGCUGGGUGCCGUGGGAAGGUUUUUUUUUUUUUUUUCACGGUACGUUCACAACAGCCAGAUAUUAGCUGGAAGGACUGGAAGAUUAUUAUAGUUUUAUCAAAUAAAAAAAAAUGGAAUGUUGAUGCUAUAGUAUGUAAUGCCUGGUACAGUAGGUUUUAUUCCCACGCUUUGUCACGUUAUUGUCCAAAAGCUACGUUUUUACAUGUUCGAAUUGUUUUUAUCUUGAGAAGUGCCUUUUUUAUUUUCUUUAAGAACAACUUAAGAUAUUUGUCAAGAAGAGUUUUUUUAUUUAAAAACUAUCAUUCCUGAUGCGUGUCAUACUUUUACUCACUCAUAACUUCAUGUUUCUGAUCGUCUAUAGUAAUUUCUUCUGAGAUUCUCGGAGUAAAUAAAAAUAAAGGAAGGUGCUUAAAACUGGGUGGAAUCUAAAAGACACCGAUAAAAAAAUUUGUUUUACUGAAGAGUAAGAGUCUCACCUGUUUACAGCAGACGAUAAAUCCCAGCCCCAUCCCAACAAACACUGGAAAUAAAUCAUCUUUAUUC